AUGCCUGGGCAUAAUGGUGAGCAGUUGGCUGUUGGAAUUUUUCGCAACUUACAACAGGGCAAUUUGUUAAAGCGUGUCAGGCACGAUGGCGAUGCUGAGAUCGACGAAUCGAGCGACGACGAAGCGUACGAAGACAUGGCGAGCGCAAAUAACACAGCCAUAGUGAACCAGCUCACUACCACAUUAACGCAUGCGCAAAGCAAAGCGCCGCAACAUAGCAUCAACAACGGCAACGACAGCGGCGGUAGCAGCAACAGAGCGAUGAGCAACGAGAGUGAGGGAACGAUGGCAGCACGCUUUGCAAUCAGUUUUCGCGACAUAGAGGAGAGUAUUCGCAAUUUCGACGGCACAAAUUCUAUUGCAGUAGAAGUAUGGAUAGAAGAAUUUGAAAAUCAAGCAGAACUAAUGCGGUGGAGUGAUUUUCAGCGGUUUCUUUUUGCGAAGAAGGCACUAAAAGGAAUCGCGAAAUUGUUUGUAGCGAGCGAACGAGGGUUGAACUCGUGGAGUGUACUGAAAGCAGCGCUGCUAUCAGAAUUUAAAUCUAACGUAACCAGCAAGCAAAUACACGAGACACUCGCUCAAAGCAAACGUGGUAAAAACGAAUGUGUGUUUGAAUUUUUUUAUCGUUUGAAAGACAUUUCGGCUCGUGGACAUAUUGACGACGAUGCUUUUGUUCAGUAUGUAAUUGACGGAAUAGACACAAAAACAACAAACAAAACCAUUUUAUACGGCUCAAAAGACAUGAGAGAAUUUAAGGAGAAAUUAAAGAUGUACAAAAUAAUGACCGAAAAAGAAAAAUGUAGUGCUGAAACUCCAGUGCGCGUUCAAGCAAAUGCAAAGAGAGAGGCAAAGGAGUUAAUGUGUUUCAAUUGUGGCGACAAAGGCCAUGUAUCGAAAAAUUGUGAUAAUAAAGAGAAGGGCAGAAAAUGUUUUGGUUGCAAUUCAUACGGCCAUAUUGCAAAAAAUUGUAGCACAAAGAAAACAAACGACCCAGUGAGAAAAGUUAACACUGUUAGUGCCAAAAACGACAUAAUGCGUAAAACUAUAAAUAUUGGAAGUUAUAGUGUUUUAGCAUUGUUCGACACGGGCAGUAGUGCUAACAUAAUGAGCAUCGAUGUUUAUAAAAAGUUAAAUAGUGGACAACUAACUGAGUGUGCGGUACAAUUGACCGGUUUUGGUAAAGCAGCCAAUAUUAAGCCCCUGGGUGAACUAAAGCAAACCAUAAUAGUAGACGACGAAAAGUUCGGUUUAACGUUUUAUGUUGUACGUGCUGAAUAUCUUGACGAUAGUAUCAUAAUUGGUGCGGACAUUUGUUUAACCGCCGAAAUAUUAAUUAAUCCGUCGGGUUUGAAAAUAAGAAAACUAACUAAUGCUAAUCAAAACGAAGAACUAUCAGUGUUUAAUAUAGACGUAGCUUGCGAAAGUGAAGAUAUCGACAUAGGCGAUAACGCGAGUCUAUCAGCUAAGCAAGAAGUGCGGGAACUUAUACAAAAUUAUAAACCUUUAAAAUCGAAAACUACAAACAUUGAAAUGCGAAUUAUUUUGAAAGACGAAACACCAAUAUUUUCGCGACCGCGUAGAAUGGCGUUAACAGAACAAAGUAUUGUUGACGACCAAAUCGAAGAAUGGCUUGAGAAAAACAUUAUUGAAGAAUCGAACUCCGAGUUUACAAGUCCUAUAGUUCUCGUUAAAAAACAUGAUGGUUCGGCAAGACUUUGCGUUGACUUUCGCAGAAUCAACAAGGUAAUUGUCAAAGAUCAUUUCCCUUUACCGCUUAUAGAAGAUCAGUUAGACAGAUUACAAGAGGCUAAGGUUUUUAGCACCAUCGAUCUUAAGAACGGAUUCUUCCACGUACCUGUAGCUGAAUCAAGCCGAAGGUACACAUCUUUUGUAACGCAAAACGGCCAGUAUCAGUUUCGAAAGGUGCCGUUUGGACUUUCCAACUCACCAGGCGUAUUCCAGCGACAUGUUAAUGCCAUUUUUCGACAUCUGCGGCGUAAGGGUAUUGCUUUACCAUAUGUCGAUGAUGUCAUAAUUCCUGCUACAAAUGAAGAAGAAGCUGUCCAAAAUCUCAAAGAAGUCAUCGAGGCAUGUGAAGAGUAUGGGUUAGAGCUGAAUAUGAAAAAAUGCAAUUUUUUGAAAACGCGUAUACAGUUUCUUGGUCACAUAAUUGAGAAUCAAAAGCUGUAUCCAUCUCCGGAGAAGAUUCAAGCAGUAGUUAACUUUAAGGUACCGCAAACAUUGAAGCAGCUAGAAAGUUUUCUGGGGUUGACCGGGUACUUCAGAAAGUUUAUCCCGAACUACGCAAUAAUUUCGAAGCCGUUGUCAGAGUUGACCAAAAAGAGCAUAAAGUUUAGCAUGGGUAUAGAGGAAGAGGGUGCGGUUAAUCAUUUGAAAAAGCUUCUAACCGAGAAUCCAGUGCUCAGCAUUUACAAUCAGUCGUACGAAACUGAGGUGCAUACAGACGCUUCUAUAGACGGGUUUGGGGCAGUUUUGCUUCAAAAAUCACCGGUAGACAGCCAGUUGCACCCGGUGUAUUUUAUGAGCAAAAAGACUACAGAAGCACAACGAAAGUAUACCAGCUAUGAAUUAGAAAUACUCGCAGUCAUAGAAGCCCUGACGAAGUUUCGCGUCUACGUGUUAGGCGUCCACUUUAAACUAGUCACUGACUGUAAUGCCUUUACUAAAACCCUUGAGAAGCAGACAGAAGGCAUCAAGUUGGUAAAGACUACAACAGGACUACCACGCGUGAAUGGGCAAGUGGAGAGACUGAAUGCAGUCAUUAUUUCAGUACUCUCUAAGCUCAGCAUCGACGAUCCAUCCAAGUGGUACAAGCAUGUCAGCAAAGUACAACAAGCGAUCAACUCAACAUUCUGUAGAAGCAUUGCUACGACUCCGUUUGAAUUACUGGUUGGUACGAAAAUGCGAACCAACCAAGACCUUCAGUUACAAGACUACAUCAACAAAGAAAUUUUGGCUACGUUCACUGACAAACGAAAUGAUUUGCGAGCACAGGCGAAAACUAGUAUUUUAAAAUUACAAAGCGAAAACAAGAAGACCUAUAAUCUUCGACGAAAGAGUGCAACGCGAUAUAACGUUGGUGACCUUGUAACCAUAAAACGAACACAGUUUGGUAGCAACCUGAAACUACAGCCAAAGUUUUUGGGCCCCUACCAAAUUGUUAAAGUUAAGCACAACAAUGCGUAUGACGUACAGAAGAUGGGCAGUAGUGAUGGUCCGAAAAAUACAACUACUUGCGCAGA